AUGAAGAACAGCUCUUUAUUGAUCAGUUUAUUUCUCUCUCUCUCAAAUGUUCUCCCCCUUCAAUCCUCUCUCACACACACUUUCACUCUUUCUCUCUCAGAUCAUUUUAACUUCUGUACAUGUUUAUGUCUAUAUUGUAAUUUCUCCUUAACGCCUCUCCCUACUGCCUUUCUCUCUCUCCCCCCUCCUCCCAUCUCUCUUUUUAGAAUACCAUCCCUCUCUCCCCCCUCCAUCUCCCAUCUAAUCAUCUCAUCCCCCUCCUCCCAUCUUAUUCUUUCCUCCCAUCCCUUACUCCCAAUUUCUCCCCCUCCUCCCAUCUUUUCUCCCUCCCUUUUCUGUCUUUCCCCUCCUCCUCCCUCCCAUCCCCUCCCAUCCCAUCCCUUUCCAUUACCAUCUCACUCUCUCCUCUCUCUAUGCCUAUCUGCUUUUCUCUUCCCCCCAAUAAACCUUGUAUUGAAAUCUUUCUUUCUCCCUUUUAAUAUUAAAACUCAUUCCUAUCUCACUUUUCCUCCACCUUCCUUUUUCUUUUUUUCCUUUUUCUUCCUUUUCUUUUCUUUUUUUUUCCUUUUUUUUUUUUUUUUCCUUUUCUUUUUUUUUCUUUUCAAAUCAAUUUUUUCUUUCUUUUUCCUUCUUUUUAUUCCUUUUUUGAUUUUUCUUCCUUUUUCUUUCCUUUUUCUUUCCUUUUUCCUUUAUUCUUGUGUCUGGAUGAAUUAA